AUUCAACAGUAACCCAAUCUCCCCAAUUCAAAAGCUAUCACGCUCCAAAUACACAGAAAACCUAGCUCACCAGUACUCACCACCGCUCUCCUUAGCUGUAAGAUUGGUGCAGUUGAAGCAGGAAAGCUCCGUCAAGAGCGCCUGCGCUCUGUAUAGAAGAUGUUGAAGGCGAAGACAUUCAAAGGAGCGAACGUCUUCAUGUCCAGGAACCUGGUGCCGCCGGAGGUCUUCGACGCUCUUCUUGAUGCUCUUAAGCAUAACGGUGCCGAAGUCUUUCUCUGCUGCGAUCCUUCGCGGAAUGGUUCCAACGAUUAUCACAUCAUCUCCUCUCCUGAUCACGAGAAAUUCGAGGAUCUCAGGACUAAGGGCUGUAAUUUGCUAGGUCCUCAGUGUGUGCUUUCAUGUGCAAAAGAACAUAGAGCACUGCCUAAACAAGGCUUCACAUGUUGCCUUGCAAUGGAUGGUGUCAAAGUACUGGCAUCCGGCUUUGAAAUGGAUGAAAAGGUCAAGAUAGAAAAGUUGAUAACAGCAAUGGGUGGUCAGUUGCAUGCUAAGGCAUCUUUGGAUGUUAGUUUCAUCAUUGUAAAGAAUGUUUUGGCUGCGAAGUACAAGUGGGCUGUAAAUGUUCUGAAGAAACCAAUUGUAACUAUUAAUUGGUUAUAUCAAUGCUGGAAUGAGCACCGUGUUGUUCCUCAAGAGUCACACAGGGUCCUUCCCUUUUCUGGAUUAACGAUAUGUGUCACCAGAAUACCUGCAGAUGAGCGGAAGGAGAUUGAAAGAAUCAUCACACAAAAUGGUGGGAAAUACUCUGCUGAGCUGACCAAGAAGUGCACACAUUUGAUCUGUGAUGCUCCUGAAGGUGACAAGUACAAGGUUGCUAGAAGAUGGGCCCACAUUCAUAUUGUAACUCGGAAAUGGUUUGAUCAAUCUGUUGCUAGACGAGCAUGUCUUAAUGAGGAGUCUUAUCCGGUUCAAGGUGGUUCUGUAUCUUCAAAUAAAAAUUUGAAGUGUUCCUCAAUGGCACAGCCUAUCCAAGAAAAGUAUAUUGCAAAUUCACUAUCUGUGCAGUCCUCCAUUGCUGCAGAAUCCAGUUUGCCAGCUUUUCCUUGUGCAGUUCCUGAGUCAGAUUUAGAAGCUGCUCUCUCACAGAACAUGUCUUCUAUGUUUCCAGAUCCUGUCUUUAUGCAAGUUGGGGAUGAUGAAAUGCCUGCAGUGAACCUCACAAAUGAAACAAACCUUGACAGUUGUAUUGCCAAUGACUCUCAAUCUGAAGAUAGUGAACUCUACUUGUCAGAGUGUAGAAUAUCGCUUGUUGGCUUUGAAGCUUCUGAGUUACGUAAAUUAGUUAAUAUGGUGCGUAGAGGUGGGGGUUCUCGGUAUAUGUCAUUCAAUGAUAAAUUGACGCACAUUGUAGUUGGAGCUCCAACAGAGGUUGAAAAAAAGGAACUAAGGGGCCUUGCUGCCUUUGGUGUUAUUAAUGUGGUUAGACCAACCUGGCUUGAAGAUUGUGAUCAUGAAAAGAAAGAAAUCCCUGUUCUCAGGAAGCAUAUUGCCUAUGAUUUACUUCUUCCUAAAGAUCCUGCGAACUCCAUUAAAGGAGCAGUAGUUGGCAUGGCUAGUAUAAAUCAAGGUAAAGUCUCCAAUACCCAUUCAAGCAUUCGCUCAGAUCAUGUAAUGGUUGGUGCAAACUUUGGCAAUGGGAUGGCUUCAUUGUUGGAGAAAAACAGAGAAGAGAAACCAGAAAUCAACCUGAAAGGGCGAAUAUCUUUGGAAGCGACUUCGAGACAGUCCCAACAGAACCUGUUAUCUGUUGUUGAUGAUCAAAAGAAGGGUGGAAAGCAACAUGAUUCCAGGGAUCAAAAUAAGAGGCCACUAUCUGUUUUUAAGGGGAAAACAUUUCGCUUUUCAAACUCCUUUCCUGAAGAUAGGAGAGCUGAAAUUGUUCAGUGGGUGAGUCAAGGGGGAGGGGAGAUGGUGGAAGAUCAUGUAAAACAGAAUGUGCAUUUUACCAUUGAGUGCCAUGGUGUGAUACCAAGGUCUGUGGAUGUUCCCCAAACUACUUAUGUAUCCAGUCAUUGGGUCAGAUCUUGUUUAGAGGAUGGAUGCUUGCUGGACGUUGGUGGUCAUAUUAUAUAUUCCCCACUUCCUUGCCAGAUUCCUUUGCCUGGCUUUGAAAGCUUCAGGUUUUGCAUCUCACAGUAUGAAGAGAGAGAAAGAUUACUAUUAAGAAACUUGUGCUUUGUUCUUGGAGCUAAAUUUGUGGAGAAACUGACCAGAAAGGUCACCCAUCUAUUAUGCAAGUUUACCAAUGGACCAAAAUAUGAGGCUGCUUGUAAGUGGGGCAUAUGCUCGAUUACUUCUGAGUGGAUUUAUGAGUGUGCCAGGCAGAAUGAAGUUGUCACAGUGGAUCAAUUUCGGCCAAAAGUAGUUACUUCUCAAGACCAGGAUGCAGGUUUGUGCACUGUGAGCCAGUUUCCUACUCAGGCUGAUCGAAUGAUAUCUGGAGAGAGCCCAUCUCAACUUAUAAGCCAGUCACAAGACCUUAGAACUGCACCAAGUCUGACUGGUGGUGGUAGAAUUAACAGCUUUAGGGAAGAGCUCCAAAAAUCCAGUGAUUAUACUAAAAAGGCAAGACUUUUGGAAAGUGAUGACCAAAAGGAGCUGCUUUCUUCUGGAGUUCAUUUAGAUGAUUCUGUCAGCAACAUAAAUCCCAUUAGAGGCAAAAAUCCAAAAGAUAAUGGAGAAUCUUCUCACAGCGUUCCUGAUGUAGCAGCUGCUAUCGAAGACUUACUAGAGCAGACAAGCAAGAUACAUGAUCAGAAGUCACCAGGGAGGACUGGGUGUGAUAAAAAUCUUUAUUCUUCUGAUACGGUGCUUGGUGAAGAACAUGGCUCUCACUCUGUCAUUGGGUUACCUAAGCACUGGUUAAAUAGAACUGGAAAAAGAGACGAGUUAUCUAAUCCUUCUAGAGAUUUAAAUAGAGGAAUGUAUGAUGGGUUCAGUGAAACUCAAACAGAGUCUCAGGUUGUUGGCUAUGAAGAAGAUUUGUCGGGCAGGCAAAUGCUUAUAGAUAGAGUUCGAACCCGAAGUAGCAUGGCCUAAAGUGGAAUGGGGGCUCCCUGUAAAAUUUAUAUGGCAGUUGACAACACCAUAUGCUGAGAUGAAGGUUUGAUGGCAAAUCUAAGGUUGUUUGGCCUGUCAAGGUGAAUUUUUAAUGCCUUGCAUCAAUUCCAAAAUCAACCUUGCUAAGAUGGGUGGUAAAGAUUAGGCAGGGCUUAGAUGGCAUUUGUAUUAUGUAUACCUAGAUAGUUUUGAGUCAAUUAUAAUAUGAUGAUGUACGCAGCUUGUGAAGUAACAUUUUAUAUAAUUAGGCUGUGAAUGUCAUUUCAAGGAUUUUGCAUGAAAUACGUGAUGUAUUGUAUUGGUUCAGAUAAUCCUAAUCGGGAGUAGUUUUUUGAA